AUGGCUGAAACAGAAGUAAGCCCCAGGAGGCAGUAUAUGAAAGUGUUUAGUGACCUUUCCUUUAAAUCUUCUCAGCAUGAAGAUAAACACCAAACACAUUUGUUGCAGUGGGCAAAGGACAGAGAGGGUUUCCUGCAUCUGUGCUCUGAGAAGUUGAUUGGAUCAUUAGAAGUGCCCAAGGUCAGGAAGGUGAUAAAAAUUGUACAACCAGAGUUCAUCAAGGAGUUGGAACUGAAUACAGUGGGGAAUCUGUCUGAAUUGGCAAAACUUGUUCCUUGCCAUCAGCAAGAUAAAAAAUCUUCACAAACUCAUGCUAGUACACUAUGCAUCUUUGGAAGAAGUACUUACACACCCUUAGUGGAGAGGAAUGUCACCGAGAUGAUUUCUCUGUUCCCCAAACACAGCUAUUUCCAGCAUCUCACUAUUGAUGUCUAUUUUCUCAAAGACCACAUGAAUGAGUUGUUCAGGUGUCUUGAGGCUUUCUUGGUGUCCCUGACCAUUAUGGUGUCCCUGACCAUUGCUCUGUGCCAGAUCCCUCAAUCAGAGUUGGAGUCAUUUGCCCAGCAUUGGAACUAUGGUCAGCUUAAACAUCUAUGCGUAAAAGGUUUCUCUUUAACUACAUUGAAUAUCACACCUCUCAAAUUCUUUUUAGAAAGUAUUACAGAUACUCUGCAGACUCUGGAAUUAGAAGACUGUAGGGUGAAUGACUCUCACUUCAGUAUCUUUCUGCCUGCCCUGACCCAAUGCACCCAUCUCACUAGCAUCAAUUUUUAUGACAAUAAAAUCUCCAUGGAUGCUCUGAAGGACCUUGUGCACCAUACCACCAACAACCAGCUGACCAUGGAACUGUACUCUGCUCCAGUAGAGGUCUAUAAUGAGUGGAGGUAUGUUCAAGUAGAGAUAUUUUCUCAGCAUUAUUGUAAGCUCAUGCACACACUCAUGGCUCUAAGGCAGCCCAAGUCAAUCUGCUUUGGUACCUAUUCCUGUUCUGACUGUGAUACACGUUGUAUCUUUGAAAAGAAGGUCACAUUUUGUGAAUGCUUGGAGGAACAACAGGAAUAUUCCUUCUGA